CAGUUUUUGACGUUGGUUUGUUUUUGUUGUGAUCUUUUGCGAUCAGAAAUAUUAUUUUGAAUUUCUGGAUAGUGUGUAAACGAUAGAGUUCAAAUAAUAAAUACGCACCACAAAUAGCAUUGAUUAUCAGCAUGGAAUAUAGAAUGAUGUUGUAUUUACAAAAAUGUUUGUACUUCAAUUUCUAUCUUUUCAUAACAUGGGUGUUUGUUGUUGGCUUUUUUCUGUACACAAAGUUGAAUCGUCUUGGUCACCUAACAAGGUAUCUCUCUUUGACGGUGUAUACUUUGCUAAUUGUUAUUGAAUCUGCAAGAAUCUAUCUCGGUGACUAUGGAAACCUUUCCCGUGGGGUACCAGAAUUGGCAGGAUUUCUGAUGCUGACAAUACUGAUGCAGAUCCCCCUCCUCAGCUUCUUCCUAUUCAACCCUUUCCUGAUGAGUACACCUAUGGAGAUGACACUUCAUGCUAUGCUGUGGUUGAUCACGUUUGCAGAAAUCAUAUGCAGCUACACAGCAUUGAGACAAGCAUCCAGUUAUGCUAAAAGUGUUUACUUCUUACAGUUUUUAGAGAAGGAACAGUGAUCUAGAAUGGAAACGGAUUAUUUCUGUAACUAAGAAAUGGUAGGUUAUUGUUUUUGCUUGGUAUCUACUGUGAAACUAUCCACUUGUUUAAGUAUUUUUUACCAAAGACGAAUUGGUAGAUUUAAGAUGAGUAUAGUUUGCAAACAUUCUGUCUGUUGGUACAGAAGACUAGUCAACCUCUGUGAUGAUUUAAAUAACUACUGCAAAGGUAGGAAUGAUUACUCAUAGAAUUACUUGAAAAAAGUUUAUUAUGUUGUUGCACAACAUUAAAUGCUCACUUUUAAUUAAUUUAGGACUUGAAUAUUUGAAUAUAAGAGUGAAAGUGUAUGAAAGCAAAGCUUUGGUAUUUUAAAUUAGUAUAACAAUCUAUAAUAAUUAAAUACUAAUGGAUACACAUGUCUGUAAACAUAAUUUUAACCUAAACUAAGAAUUGAGAUAUAACAGCAAUUAUCAAAGAUUAAAUAUAAUAAAUACA